GAGAUUCGCAAUCGCCUGUAGAUGUCAAGUGGACCCGAUGGGAACGAAGAUAAUUAUAUGUAUGUGGAAUGUUGACAUAAACAGGAAUAAUAAGUCAUUGCCGCUGUUCUCGGGGAUCUUGAUGCAAUGAUUGCAUCAUACUUAUAAUUCUGAAAUAAUAUUUUAAUUUAUAUAUCCUCGCGACGACACUAUCUACAUUAUCGACGCUUCGCAAACAAACUGUUUACACAAGACGUCGUAUUUUCAUCAUCCCAGUCAAGUGUUGAUGAUGUCACUUGACUCUCGAGGCUCGAAAUCGACCGGUAUUAUCAGCUCCAGAGCAGUUGCCGUUUAGACAGGCAUUUUAACAGAGCGAAUUGCAUUUUUGCAAUCAUCUCGCAGUCAUUUAGAUACAGUUUGAAACGGCAAUCCAGCCGACAAGAUUUAUCAUGGUUCUGAUGCCGAAAGAGUCCGGGAAGCUAGUCGCCGGUUUGGCGAAGGACGUAUUCAUCGAGAAGGAAGGUAUCAAGAGAUUGGCGUCCGCGGUCCUCGACGGUAUCAAAACAAGUAAGAUUCGCCCUGGCAAUUUUACGCAGAUCAAAUUUCAUCCUAAGCCUGAUGAUCCUAGGGCGGCGGAUUGGAUAUUCGUCCUGGAUACGUUGAACUUUUCAUUCUGGACCGAGACGGGCGCGAAGAAGUGGAAGGUCGACGGUGAAACCGGAUACUUUGCGUUCUGCGCCGCUGUCAAAAGAGCCAUCGAUGAAGGGAAGCCGAUGUGGGAUCCCAAGUAUUACUCGCAGAUAACGCAACAGGACGCUGAGAUCAUUUUCCGAGGCGACGACGGUGAGACUGACAUUCCGCUCGUACAGGACAGAAUUAAGAAUCUGCACGAGGCCGGCAAGGUUUUGCUGGAUAAAUAUCAAGGUACAUUCGCGGAAUGCAUCAGGUCGUGCGAAGGUUCUGCAGAGAAGCUACUCAAGCUGAUUGUCAACGAAUUCGAGUCGUACCGGGACGAGGCGGAUUACGAGGGUCACAGGAUUAGCAUCUACAAGAGAGCUCAGAUACUGAUAGGCGACAUAUGGGCCUGCUUCGAGGGACGCGGGCUUGGUGAAUUCCACGAUAUAGACAGUAUUGUGAUGUUCGCCGAUUACCGUAUCCCCCAGGUUCUCGUACACUUCGGCGCUAUGCGCUACAGCGAUUCGCUCAUGAGCAAACUUGAGUCUGAUGUGCCAUUGAAGCAGGGCAGCAAGGAGGAGGUCGAGAUACGUGCUUGCUCGAUCGAAGCGGUCGAGCAAGUUUGCGACGAGGUACGAAGAUUGAUCGUGGCCGAUCCAAAAUUGGAUCUAGAUCCGAAGACGGCUGUCAACGCGAUCGUCAUCGAUCAUUUCUUGUGGGAUUACCGGCGAGAGUACGCUCAAGGAUUGGAGUGCAUACCUUUUCAUAAAACUAGAACCAUGUACUAUUAGGGACUACAUAGUGUUAGGUAUCAAGACCACUGAACUUUAUACUAUGGAGCAAACAGCUAUUAUUUUCAAAUCCAUAUGAUCCGUAUGAUCUAUUCCCCAAGAAAUCAUACUGAAAACUUUCUUUUUCCAUCUCUCCAAUGUACUAUUUAUUUUUACUUAUUGUUAGUAGGAGAAGAUAAUGGAAUAUAUUAACAAGCUACAUAAAAAGUUUAUGCGAAAAACAAAAAUAAGUUUUCCUAUUUUGUGUGAUUUUUAUUUUACUCGCAGACUCAGCUAGUGCCUAGCACUCAUUCCAAUUAAAAUGGAAUUGAGGGCGCAAAAAUAUUAGCAACUGAAUGAAAAUAUAUAAUAAAUUUGGGAAUAUUCCUAUAUAUACAUAUAAAUACAAUAUACAAUAUAUAACUAUAUAUACAUUAAAUUUUACUUUUAAUUGUAUUUUCU